AUGAAUCCAGCCGCCCAGUAUCUCAUCACCCAUAGCUUCUGGCACCACCACUACGAUGUCAGCACAAUUAACAAAACGCCCCUUUUCCACGUCGCCAACUCCGCCUACACACCAGGAAAGCCAGAUCUUACUUUCCACCGCAGCACCGACUCCAAUGGGCCCAUUGUGGGUGUGUGUAAGUUCCGGCACUUCUCCUCAGACAGUGAGAUCGGUCUAGGGGACCCUGAACGGCCCAACAAAAUGGAUUGGGGAACCCUGCACAAGAAAGGUUUUAUGAAGCACAUAUAUUGGUUCCGCAUCAAGCUGGACAACGGCACAAAUCAAACUUUCACCUGGAAACGGACCCACUCGCUUGGCAGCGGCCAUGUAAACCAUAAACUAGUCGAGGACACCAGCCAGACUGUCGUGGCGGUCUUUUCUUCUGGUGGGAUCUUUUCCAAAACAACUGGCUAUUUGGAUAUUUACCCGAGUCUGGGGCCGCGGUUCAACCUCAUGGCGCUGAUCUCGGGAAUUGCCUUGGUCGAGAAGGUGAGGCGUGGGAAACAGAGCUCUGCGGGGGCGGGUGCUGCAGGUGGGGGAGGAUCAGGUUGUUAA